UAUAGCAGCCUGAAGUCCCUAUAUAUCCAGGAUAAACAGACGAUUACAGGUUGUCAGGUCCCGGUGAGCGGAAUGAUGCGACACUGGCAUUUGCACGUUACGAUUAUCGACGUAUCGCUGAAGAAAGAAGGGAAAGCCGAAAGCGAGCCCGUUUGCCCGAGUUGGGUAUUAAAAUUAAAUUUAAUGAAGUCGUUACAACUUACAAGCACAUCUAUACAGUACCUUCGGUGACCUUUUGAGUAUUCGCCGGACCACACUGAUCGUACUAAUAAUGCCUGACCUGCAGCAUAUUCAACAAUAUCUUUCUCUUUAUCAAGACAGCAAUGAUGCAUCUCAACCGAACUCUGGCAACAAAAAGCAUUUUAACUUGAAGAUUGGUGUGGUUGGACCGUCGCAUGCAGGAAAAACUUCCAUAUGUGCUCAGAUCGCUCAUCAAGAUUUCCCCCUAGCUUACCGUCCAACAUAUGGUGCCAGGUUUUACACGAAGAAAGUGCUGUUCGAACAGUUUACGGUGGAUUUCCAUUUCAUCGAAGUUGGUGGUAAGGAAGAAAAUCAAAACGAUUUUAGGGACCUUUUGGGAGAAGUUCGCGUAUUUGUUUUCGUCGUGGAUCUGACCGAUCAGUUAUCCUUUGAGAGAUUUCAAUCACAGUGCGUCGACACAUGGAAAAAGCAAUGCGAAGACGGACUGCUUCUGGGGAACCGAAGCGAUCUUGUUGCUCGAAGGCAAGUCACCACUGAAGCGGCAGAAUACUUUGCUCGGGCUCUCGGAGUAGAAUACCUGGAAAUUUCAACCAAAUCUGCAGUCCAUGUGAAAGAUGUGCAAAAACGCCUCGAACAGAUCGCAAAAAAAUUCGUUAACGUAGGAUUCCGUGACAAAAGCCAAGAAAACACUGGAAAAGCAGAAGCGGUCAAACCGCAUGCUCCUCCUAGAAGUCGCAAGCAACCGUCAGGGGAUGUCACGGCACAAAAUACACCUUCCAAAAAAUCGAGUGAUUUAAGGCUGAAUAAUGCAACGGACGACCCGGACGACGAUUUUUGAACCAGGAGUCGGCUUGUAUAACUUAGAAGACAAAAAUUAUUGUGCUUUGUGUCUCUUGUGUCUGUCAUAGUGUGUGUGACUUACAAUGCUUAAUUAUUAAUCUCAGCUGUGCAAUAUUAUACACUGACAACUAUAAGCUGCAAUUAACAACCCUGCGAGUACAGCACUCAUACAAAAAAAUUUACUAUGAUUCGCAACUUGCAGCACCAAUGCAAAUUGCAAUAAUUAACAUUGUAAGUAUGUUAGUUAGCUAUCAUGUUCUUAGCUUGUACCGGUAUACGAGUAUUUGAAACCAUCUGCUCCGACUUAA